AUGUCACAGUUACAAGACCAAUUCGACCAAAACCUCACGCCCCUCCCGGAAAUCGAUGACAAAGGGUUCGGCUCAAUGUUUGACAGCUUUGCAGGCCCCCAAGUCGUUAUGCUCGGCGAUGGCAGCCACGGAACCUCCGAAUUCUACUCUGCGCGCGCCCAAAUCACGAAGCGAUUUAUAGAAAAGCACGGCUAUACGAUGGUCGCGGUCGAAGCGGACUGGCCCGACGCAGAGGCGAUUGACAGAUACACGCCGAUUGGCGGCGUAGCGAAGGGCGAAGAGCCCUUCAAGCGAUUUCCGACCUGGAUGUGGCGUAACCGCGAGAUGCAGGAGCUGGUGGAGUGGAUGCGGGAUUGGAACAAGAAACUGCCGCCGCAUAGACGGGUCGGGUUCUACGGUCUGGAUCUUUACAGCAUGGGGGCGUCGAUCCGGGCGGUAAUCGAUUAUCUUGAUGCCGUGGACCCGGCAGCCGCCAAAGAGGCGAGGAAGCGGUACGGGUGCCUGCAGCCGUGGGUGGAUGAUCCCACGGCGUAUGGCCUCCAUGCACUCAGAGGGAUGCAGAAUUGUGAGGCCGAGGUCAUGGACAUCUUGCGCGGUCUGCUGGAACGAAGACUUGAGCACGCCCAAGACGAAUAUGUCGAGGGAGAGGAGGGAGAUCGUUAUCACAGCAGCAAGCAGAAUGCGUAUCUGGUGAAGGAUGCGGAGAAAUACUAUCGUGCGAUGUACUGGAGCUCGGCUAGUUCGUGGACGCUGCGCGAUUUACACAUGUUCGAGUCACUGCAUCGGCUGCUGCAACACCGGCCUCCGACGCACAAGGCAAUUGUCUGGGCUCAUAAUUCGCAUGUGGGCGACGCGCGGUAUACAAGUAUGGGUAUCCGGCGCCAUGAGCUGAAUAUUGGCCAGCUCUGCCGUGAGCGCCUGGGCCGACAGAACGUGGCGAUUCUCGGCUGCGGGACACAUACCGGCACCGUUGCUGCCGCUGAUGAAUGGGACGAAGACAUGCAAGUCAUGGAUGUCGUUCCGUCACAGGAAGAUAGCUGGGAGAUAAUAGCGCACAACACGGGAGUUCCACGCUUCCUGCUGGAUUUCCGGCGUGGCUAUGCUGAUCCGGCUCUUCGCUCGUUCAGCUCUUUGGAGACUCGUCUGGAGCGGUUUAUUGGGGUCAUCUAUCGCCCUGACACCGAAAGACUGUCUCAUUAUUCCCAUGCUCAAAUACACGAGCAGUUCGAUGGCUAUAUUUGGUUUGACGAAACCAAGGCUGUCGAGCCUAUUGAGACUAUGCAGCCUCAAACAACCCUGGGGAAAGAGGAGACAUAUCCGUUCGGACUGUAG